AUGGGAAGAAAAAAUGAUGUGUCGUAUAGUCAAGCCGAGGGAUGGCACAUCACGAUAACGUUGACCGAAUCAGACACAUGUUCCAGCGAUACAAUAACGAUACCAAAAGAACAGGUAGAAGCGAAGUUAUUCCCUUGGUGGUCUGUCAAACGUUCCGAAGGAUUGUUAGAACCUAACUCGUUUGAGAUGGUCCAUCUCUAUGAGUAUGAAUCUCAAGUAACAACAGCUGUGGCCAUGAAAAGAGACGAAAAUGGAAACUUCAAACUACAUGGGUGGUCGUGCGUUCAGGGGAAGAGAAAGUUCAGGACAGGAGAUGUUGUUGUGUUUUGGUGGGAUAAAAAUUUUGGUAGACUUAAUUUUGAACUACUCAUGCUUGCUAAUGAAUCUCUUUUAACCUGA